CGGACCUGCCUUGGCUUUCUGCCAAAAAUUGGGAAUAUCUCUAUUAUCCCUCAUCUCCUCGAAAGCGAAAUCCAACUGCGGAAAAUAAUUUCACUCGAGCAAAAACGGAUCCAAAGGACAACCAACGACAAUUACAGCAAACCCUAACCCUAGCUUCGACUCCCCUCCUCUCCCCCAAUCUCCCCGAACGAUCUUUCUCUCUAUACAGAUUCUCUAUCAGGUCCAAACAAUAGGAGGUACCGCUAACGGUUAGGGUUAGGGUUAGGGUUAGGGUUUGAUGGAAUUCAUGGGUGGUGGUGGAUGGCGGAGGCAAUGAACGGAGGCCGAUGUCACCGGUGGAGGAAGAUGAUUGGUGGUGGUGUGGACGAAGGUUGCGAUACAGAGGUGAAUUUGUCCCCAAUUUCUAGGGCUAUGAUCAAAUUUCCCGCGAAAGAACCCGAUUUCUAUACGCAGGCUCGGAAGGCGCUGUCUUGGCGCUCGCCGUUUGAUACUGAGGAUGUUCAGGCAUCUAAUAUUCUUACUCUCCCCAGUGGUUUGGCGAAUUUAUUGUCCAAGCAUUCGGAUAGUCGGAAGCGGCACAAGAAGUCUCAUUCGGGUGUGGAGGCGAAGUCGUCGCGGGCAGCCGGGGUAGAGAAGUCCCGUGGGUCGAACAUUUGGGUUGAGACUGAGGAGUACUUCAGGGAAUUGAGUGUGGAUGACAUUGACAAGUUACACCAACCGUCUUCUUUUAAUUUGCUAGCUAGUCAGAAGUGUUUUUUAAUUCCAGUUUUGGGAAAUUUGAAUGAUGUGAAUGCAAAUGGGGUUGGUUCUGAUUGUGGAGUUGUUGUGAAAGAGGAGGUUAAUUAUCAGGGUGAGCAUUUUGUGGAAGUAGAUAGUUCAGGAGCUAAUGUUUUGCUUCAAGAAGAAAAGGGUGGCUCUUCCUUGUCACAGUUGAAAAAAUCAUGUAGUGGUGUAGAGUGGCUUUUAGGUUCCAGAAAUAAGAUAUAUCUCACCUCAGAGCGGCCUUCGAAGAAACGGAAACUUCUGGGCAGGGAUGCAGGGUUAGGGAAGCUACUUUUUGCAUCUUCGGUUGAAGGAUUGUCAUCUUUAUGUCACUAUUGUAGCUUGGGUGACACGGGUGAUCAGUUGAACCGUUUAAUUGUUUGCAGUUCUUGUAAUGUAGCAGUUCAUCAGAGGUGCUAUGGUGUGCAGGAUGAUUUAGCUGGUUCUUGGUUGUGUUCUUGGUGUAAGCAGAGGAAUGCAGUCCAUAGCACUGUCAGGCAUUGUCUGCUGUGCCCGAAGCAGGGUGGUGCUUUAAAACCUGUUAGCAAGAGAGAUGUUCAAAGUGAAAAUGGUGGGUCCAUGGAAUUCGCUCACUUGUUUUGUUGUCAAUGGAUUCCUGAGGUAUACAUACAGGAUACAAGGACAAUGGAGCCAAUAAUGAACAUUGAAGGAAUAAAGGAAACACGGAGAAAAUUGGUUUGUUAUUUAUGCAAGGUGAAGUGUGGUGCCUGUGUUCGGUGCAGUAAUGGAACUUGCAGAACUUCAUUCCAUCCUAUAUGUGCGAGGGAGGCAAGGCACAGAAUGGAGAUUUGGGGAAAAUUUGGAUGUGACGAUGUUGAGUUACGGGCCUUUUGUUCAAAGCAUUCUGAAGUUCAGAAUGUUAGCAGCAUUCCACAACCAGGAGAUGUAUCUAUAGCAACUGGUUCCGAUUCAUGCAUUACCAAGCAUCAAUCAGUGACGCAAACAGUUAACAAAUUGCCUAAGUUAAAAAUUGGCAGGAAAAAUGGAGAUAAAAUCUCUGUUCACAUUGAAAAAGCCAAUACUAAUGUCAAUAAGUUAGGCAAUAGCAUACUGCACGAAGAAGGAUUGUCAGAUGCCAGAUCAAAUUGUAAACUUCAGUCUGAAUGUGGUGAUGCUCAGCAACCUCUUAGUGCAGAGACAUUAGAGAGGAGCACCAAUGAAGAUGCUAACACAUCAGACUCCUUGGAUUUUAUUGUGAUUCUCAAGAAGUUAAUUGAUCGAGGAAAAGUCAAUGUGAAGGAUAUAGCCUCGGAGAUUGGCGUUUCACCUGAUUCAUUGGCCUCAAUGCUUGCUGAUGAUUGUGUGGUCCCUGACUUGCAUUGCAAAAUAGUGACAUGGCUUAGAAAUCAUGCUUAUGUUGGUACAUUACAGAAAAAUCUUAAAGUUAAAAUUAAAUCCUCAAUUGCGUCCAAGGAUGAUACAGGGGCUUCUGAGGAUUCGGAUGCUAUUAAGAUAUCAAAGUCAGAUAACCCUGAUGUUGUUCCUGUUAAGUCGGUUCCACCACGGAGAAAAACCAAAAGCAACAUUAAGAUUUUGAAGGAUAACAAAGUGAUAUGCUCAUCUAAGGAAACAAUUAGUGAUGAUGGAAUAGUAAUGGAUGGGGCUAAAAGAGGUCAAUUCGUCAUUGAGAACACAGAUUAUUCAACUAAAAAAUCUGUUUCUGAUGCCACUGAGAAGAAUUUGAUGGAGCCUGAUGGGGUUCAUGAUACCUUGGCAAGCGAUUUACCUAAACAUGAAGGUGGUCAAGCAGAAGGGGCUGCUAUCUCUGCGUGGAAUUUGACGCCAAAUUCAAACCUGGAAAGUCGUAUUUGCUCAGUUAUUAAGAAUCAUAUCCCUGAUCUCAUAAAAGCUGAAGCGGUGUCUAGUUCUUACAUUCAUCCACUUGUCCGCAACAAAAUGAGUGAAUUGCAGAAUAUGCUGCUUUCAAAUAAUGCAACUUCUGAGUAUGAUGGUUCAAGGGACCGAGAAAAUUUUCCUAUGGAGGCAUCUUCCAGUUCUGGCAUUUGUUGUAAUCAGCCAAUUGAACAUUUAAAUUCCAGUGACAUGAUUUCUGAAAUUGGUGGAUCAAAUUUAGAACAGUUGGUUAAGGCCAGGAAUAUGGGUGUUCUAGAAAUGUCCCCAGAAGAUGAGGUGGAAGGGGAACUUAUUUUUUACCAGCAUAGGCUACUCUGCAAUGUGGUUGAAAGGAAGCGCUUUAGUGAUGAUUUAAUUUGCGAGGUUGUGAAGAGUCUACCAUGUGAGAUUGAUGCCGUUGGGAAGCAGAAAUGGGAUGCUGUACUAGUCAAUCAGUAUCUUUCUGAGCUUCGAGAAGCAAAAAAACAGGGCCGGAAAGAGAGAAGGCACAUGGAAGCCCAGGCUCUGCUAGCUGCUGCAACUGCUGCAGCUUCAUCUUCUUCACGGAUCUCGUCAUUUAGGAAAGAUACACGCAAUGAAUCUUCUCACCAAGAGAACCUUUUGAAAAUGAACAAUUUGACUGGAAGGGCUGGUCUUUACUCUCAGCACAUGCCACGGGUGAAGGAGACACUUCCAAAGUUGGCUGUUCCACGGGUUUCAUCAGAAAUGAACUCUGAUUUUGUCCAUUCAGUUUCAUCAGAUUUUUCUAAAGAACAUUCCAGAAGUUGUGACAUCUGCAGACGCAAUGAGACAGUUUUGAACCCUAUCUUAGUCUGUUCACGUUGCAAGGUUGCAGUUCAUUUGGAUUGCUAUUGUAGCGUUAAAAAUUCUGCUGGUCCUUGGUAUUGUGAAUUAUGUGAGGAUUUGUUGUUAUCUAGGAGCUCCGUAGCUCAAACUGUCAAUUCAUGGGAGAAGCCUUAUUUUGCUGUUGAAUGUGGUUUAUGCGGUGGCACUGCUGGUGCUUUUAGAAAGUCAACUGAUGGUCAAUGGAUCCAUGCUUUCUGUGCGGAGUGGGUGUUAGCAUCAACUUUCAGAGGGGACAGGGGAAUCCUGCUUGAAGGAAUGGAGUCACUUUUGAAGGGGAGUGAUGUUUGUCAUAUUUGCCAUUGCAAACGAGGUGUCUGCAUAAAGUGCAAUUUUGGCCACUGUCAGAGCACGUUUCAUCCAGCUUGUGCCAGAAGUGCUGGCUGUUACAUGAAUGUUAAAAUAGUUGGCGGCAAGUUGCAGCACAAGGCAUAUUGCGAAAAGCAUAGCUUGGAGCAAAGAGCAAAGGUGGAGACUCAAAAACAUGGAAUUGAAGAAUUGAAGAGUAUUAAGCAAAUUAGGGUUGAAUUGGAGAGGUUACGGCUGCUUUGUGAGAGAAUUGUCAAACGAGAGAAAUUGAAGCGCGAGUUGGUUCUUUGCUUUCAAGACAUACUUGUUUCGAAUAGAGACUCUGCUGCUUUGUCUGCUCUUGUUCGUAGUCCUUUCUUCCCACCGAAUGUUAGUUCAGAAUCAGCUACAACCUCCCUCAAAAAUACGGACGAUUGCAGAUCAGGCAGUGAAGCAAUCCAAAGAUCAGAUGAUAUAACAGUUGACAGCACAGUUUCGGGUAAACGCCGUAUUAAGUUUUCUUUUUCAAUGGAGCAUGACCGAAAAACAGAUGACAGUUCUACAUCCCAACACCUCUAUAUGGAAAAACCUAGGGAGAGGGUAUCAUUCUCUGGGAAACAAAUCCCACUGAGACCAUUUGUUGCAUCUCAGAAUCUUUCCGAUGAUGGGGAAAAGAGGUCAAUUUCUAGAAAGCAUAUGGAAACAUUUGAAAAGGAGCUUGUAAUGACAUCAGAUCAAGCAUCUAUGAACGAAUCAAGCAUGUAUGAAGAAUCAGCGAUUACCUAAGGGAUUUGUUUAUGUUCCUAUUCGAUGUCUUUUGAAGGAGAAAGAGACCGUCGCAAAUGCGUAUAAUGGCAAAUCAUUGGAACAUGAUGAGUAAACUUAAGGUAUAUCCUUUCCGGGUUUUGAUUACCCUGUUCGAAGCCGACAACCAUAUAUACCCCGUUAUAUGUUUUCUUCCUGGGUGGUGCCAUAUUUUUCUCAUUAUAUAGUGGAAGAAAAUGGAGGAUAUUUACACCGAGAUUCGAGUCCCAACCAGAACAUUCUUAUUAAGGGGUCAUUCUGGUUUGGGUAAGGAAGUUUUGGUGUCCUUGUUGUACAUUGUGAGAGCAAAUUGUACAGUGGGUUUGGGUUUGUUGCGUUGCAUGUAAUCAGGUGGCUCAAAUUGCUGUCUUGAUCCUUGUUUUCCAUGUGAAAAGGCAAAGUUAGAAGCUCUGCUUCUUGUACUCAAUACAUGAGAGUUAGAAGGUUGUUGCCUACUAUGCAGGCUCUUUAAAGUAUAGUGUAUAUAUUCUUACAGGGCAGCAUCAGUUUGAUAAAGGGUAAUUUAAAUUAUUUGACAAAAAAGUUUGCAUCUUGACUCGUCCUGUUCAGUUUUCAUGUUGGUUGCUUUGGCAGAUUCACUAGCGCUAAUUUUUUACAAGGUUGGUCCUAGUUAUAGGUCUCCUCAA